AUGAGUGACUCCAAGGAACCGAGGGCGCAGCAGCUGGGCCUUAUGGAAGAGGAAGAGCUGAUGACCAGCAAUAUCAGAUCUUUCCCACGCCAUUCUGGAUUUCCUCGGACUCGUGGUUUCAACAACUUAGCAGGACGUCUGGGCCAUGUCUCCCUGGUGCUGUGGCUUCUCUCCUUCAUCCUCUUUGCUGGGCUCCUCAUGGCCAUCCUUGUCAAAGUUUCCAAGCCCCCCAAUUCCUUGAGUCAGGAGCAGCAGAUCUUCCAGGAACUGGCCCAGCUGAAGACUGCCAUCGAUGAGUGUCCAGCACGGUCCAAGCAGCAGGAGAUCUCCCAGGAACUGGCCCAGCUGAAGACUGCCCUCAAUGAGUGUCCAGCACGGUCCAAGCAGCAGGAGAUCUCCCAGGAACUGGCCCAGCUGAAGACUGCCAUCAAUGAGUGUCCAGCACGGUCCAAGCAGCAGGAGAUCUCCCAGGAACUGGCCCAGUUGAAGACUGCCAUCGAUGAGUGUCCAGCACGGUCCAAGCAGCAGGAGAUCUCCCAGGAACUGGCCCAGCUGAAGACUGCCAUCGAUGAGUGUCCAGCACGGUCCAAGCAGCAGGAGAUCUCCCAGGAACUGGCCCAGCUGAAGACUGCCAUCAAUGAGUGUCCAGCACGGUCCAAGCAGCAGGAGAUCUCCCAGGAACUGGCCCAGCUGAAGACUGCAGUUGGUAAGUGCAAGCAGCCAGAGAUCGCCCAGGAAGUGGCCCAGCUGAAGGUUGCAGUCAAUCACCUGUGCCGCCCCUGUCCCUGGGACUGGACAUUUUUCCAAGGAAACUGUUAUUUCAUCUCUAACUCCCAGCGGAACUGGCAGGACUCCAUCACUGCCUGUCAGGAAGUGGGGGCCCAACUAGUCGUAAUCAAAAGCCACGAGGAGCAGAACUUUCUGCAGCUGCAGUCUUCCAGGAGUAACCGCUUCACCUGGAUGGGGCUCUCAGAUCUGAAAACAGAAGGCACCUGGCACUGGGUGGAUGGUUCCCUCCUGUCACCCAGUUUCGCAAAGUACUGGAACAGAGGAGAGCCCAACAACGUGGGAAAGGAAGACUGUGCGGAAUUCAGCGGCAACGGCUGGAACGAUGACAAAUGUGCUGUUGCCAAAUUCUGGGUCUGCAAAAAGCCCGCAGCCUCCUGUCCCCACGAAGAAGGGUGGUUUCUCUCCUCCACCCCUGCAGUCCCAAGUCCUGCUGCUGGGUAG